GGAGGGGGAGUCACGAAAACAAUAAAUAUAGCUACGGGUGCAACUACGAACGUAUUUCACGGAAGAUGAAUGGAACGCAUCGGUUUCGCCGAACUGUCAAACUGUGUCGCGCGCUCGGGCUCGCAAGCCAGUUGACAGAUCGAAUCUCGCGUGGCUCCUGAUGCCGAUGAUGAUGACGAUCCGCACCCCGGUUACCCGCGAACGCGGCGAUGCGCGACAUUUCGCGUUGGCGUCAUUACGGAACGUCAAGUGACAGAUUACUGGUGUUUGCAUCGCCGAUUACGACAGAUCGUGGGUGCAGGGUGCAGGUGCAGCAAGCGGGCUGACAAAAUCUACUCGGUAAGAUUUUACAGAACGCAGAUUCGGAAGAAGAACGAAUUCAUACUAGAGAGAUGCAUCUUUUACAUUCAAAGCGACAUGUAAAUAUCGACAUGCCUUCGCCGAGGGAAAGAUGAGAAACCGAGAGGGUGUAGAAAGUGCAUAUGUCACGAAUGCGCGCGUUUUCCACAUACGCUAUACGCUCUCUCUUUCUCUCUCCCUCUUUAAUUUGACAUUUAAUGCAAUAUGGCGCUGCGGUAUUAUUGUGAGAUUUCUCUGUGGUGUUGUAUGAUCUCCAGACAUGGUGCUAUCUGGGUCUUUCACUGAAUCUCGUUAUAUAUCUAUAACAAUUAGGAGAUCAUGUUUUAUUCAAGAGGUGCAGAUCUCCUGCUAGGAUAAAUUUCUGGAACGUAUGCCAAGAUAUCGUAUGGACGAUAUCGAAAAAUCAUUCGGUUGGAGAGUCAGAUCGCGCAUGUACAAGCACUUAAGCACGACCACCGAAGUGAACGUGAGGAUAAAAAUACACGCGAGGCAGAGAUCCGAUUGCGAAUGUUGUACACUUCGAAGACCGGCUGUCAAGAUAGAAUGCGUAGCAUGAGAGGGCAACGGCCGGGCAUCGUACUUGAAAGAUCGCGGGGCGAAGCGAAGGCUAAAAGGUGACGGAGACGAGGACGAAGAUAGGGAGACGCUUGCGAGCUGUCCACGUUUUGUACCGGUUUGUCCACGCGCGUCAACAUGCCCCGGCGAUCGUCAUGAAUAAACCGGCUGUGGGAUGAUGUGGCUCCCCGCCGAGAAUCGGACAAAACGAGGCCCCGUAGCUUCCAGGCAGCGUCGUCAAGCAUUUUUCAGUCGUAUCUAUCGUAAGACCACGCCAAGACGACGAUCAUCAUGUCGCUGCUCGUCCUCCUUGUUAUCGCUACCUGCGGCUUUAUCGCCGCGACUCCCGCACCGAGAAAAGCUAUUUACAACCAGAGGCAGACUGGUGAUUUGAACGUGGAGAUAGCGGUCAAGGACCUGCGUGUCGUCGCGCUGCUCGAUUCCGAACUCCUGGACGAUUACACGGAUUACGAUUAUUUCUACGAUUAUAACGAUUUUACCGUCAAACCGGGCGGCAACAGGCCCACCCCAAGUUCUACCACAAAGAAAAACGAUAUUACCGAGAUUUCCGAGCCUCUUUUGUCGCCAAAUUCGACUGUCUCAACGUCUCUUGAUAAUAUAAAUUCGACCGAAUAUAAUACAACGUUACCGAAUACCGAAGAAAUACCGAAUGCUGAUUCGUCGAACGGAAUCACGAACUCGACAUUGAAUGCAGAUAACGAUAAGAGCCAAUCGAGCGAAGAGAAUAAAGAAUUCGAAGCAACAGUCGCUUCUUCAUCGAUAAGCAGACCUGCUCUACGAUCACAAAAGCGUUGUAAAUCUGGAUAUAUUCCGAAUGGUAAUGGACGUUGUCGACGAGCAAGUCGGCCGUGGUUUUCCUUGUUGCCGUGAGUACAAUCAAGGAACAACAAAUCUUCCGAUCGACCGAAUUUAGAUUGCAUAAUCACUAGAAGCUAAGCUAGAUCGAAACUGUAAUAAAUAAAUCUUUUAGAAAUGUAUCAAGUUUCAAUCAUAUUUGCUUUUGCGCGAUGAAAUAAAUUCUUUUGUUUAAUUAUAUAA